UUGUGACAUAACCCUCUGUUUUUUGGGAUGCAUAUUUCCAUCUUUUUUGCUUACAUGUUCCCUUUACCUAACAGCGAGACAUGGAUCAUAUCUACUAUGUCUCCAAAAUCUACACACUCACGGAUGCUGCAGGCAGGGACUUGUGGAUAAACAUUGAGCAGAUGGACAAGGGAAAGGUUCAUGGUGUCCUUUCCAACACCCACAGACAAGCUCUGAGAGUCAACUUGUCCUUUGAGUUCCCUUACUAUGGACAUUUACUGAGAGAGGUCACAGUCACUACUGGUGGUUUCCUCUACACAGGAGAUGUCAUCCACAAGAUGCUGACUGCCACUCAGUACAUCGCCCCGCUCAUGGCCAACUUUGACCCUAGUAUUUCUCCCAAUUCCACCGUCAUUUAUUUUGACAAUGGUACAGCUCUUGUUGUGCAGUGGGAUCAUGUUUACCUCCAAGACAGCUCACAUUUAGGUAGCUUCACCUUCCAGGCCACUCUGCACAGAGAUGGCAGGAUCACCUUUGCUUACAAGGAGAUUCCCGUUCACAUAAGCGAGAUCAGUUCAGUGAAUCACCCUGUUAAGGUUGGCCUCUCUGAUGCCUUUGUGGUGCUUCAUAAGAUUCAGCAGAUUCCUGACAUCCGAAGAAGAACAAUAUAUGAAUACCAUAGAGUUGAGCUUCUAAAAUCCAAGAUUUCCAACUGCACUGCUGUUGAGAUUCUGCCUCUGCCAACCUGCCUCCAGUUUUCCAGCUGUGAACGCUGUGUUACAGCUCACAUUGGCUUCAACUGUAGCUGGUGCAGCCGCCUCCAAAGAUGUUCCAGUGGCUUUGACCGAAAUCGCCAGGACUGGGUUGACAGCGGGUGUCUAGAUGAGAUGAAGGACCAGAGCUGCAGUCAGACUGUAAAUAUAACCCAACGCCUCAGUGUAACCAUUACACCUCCAGUCAAUAGAGCCAUGGACCCAGCAACUACUCUCAGGACAGUGAAGUCUAAGGCCACAGCCAAGCCUACCAGAACCUCCACAACAACCAGAGCAAGCAGUACAUCCCCUCUUCCCACCAUCACCCCUGCUGAUGAUGACACAAACAUCGCACUUCAUUUGACUGAAGAUGGACCCUCAGAGACGGAGAGCCCAGACAAGCAGAGUGAGGAGCGGCUGCAGACGAGUCUACUCAUAGGCAUUUUGGUCACUACGUUUGUUAUGGUGGCCGCUAUACUUGUCACAGUCUACAUGUACCAUCAUCCCACCUCCAGCGCCAGCCUGUUCUUCAUAGAGAGACGGCCAACACACUGGCCAGCAAUGAAGUUUCGUCGAGGCUCCGGGCAUCCAGCUUAUGCAGAAGUGGAGGCUAUGGGACGAGAUAAGGAAGGCUUCAUUGUAAUUGAGCCUAAAGACAGCUUCAUAAUUUCAGACCGGCGGGAGAGCGCUUUCACAACAGACCAAAGAGACGGCUUCAUUGUGCCUGACCAGAGAGAACGCUUUCUUGUAAUGGACCACUGCUGACGCACAGUCCCAGUCUGAGCUGAAUCUGGAAGAGACUUUUUGGUUAGAAACAUACCUCGGAACAAUGAUGUUUUCUCCUCUCAACUCUUUAUUUAUUCUGCCAGCAACUGUGGACACAAAUCAAUGAACA